GGUGAUAUUUGGGGUCUUUUUGGAUCAAAGCUUGCUAGCAUACUCUUUUUGUGGGCUUUGAUUCAAAGGUAUUUUCCUCAUCAGCUUCAAACCCUCAUAGAAAUAUUCUCAGAGAAAGUAGCCAACUUGUUCUACCCUUAUCUUGAGAUCAAGUUCUUUGAGUACAUAGGUGACUACAUGAAAAGCAAUGAAGCCUUCUCUGCCAUCGAGCACUACCUGGCUUCCUUGUCUUUCAAACAAGCAAGGAAACUCAAAGGUGAGUACUUUAGACAAUGUUUGGUGCUAAAGAUGGAUGAACAUGAAGUGGUCUAUGAUGAGUUUGAAGGCAUAAAGCUUACAUGGAACACUUCAAAGAUAAUGCACAACACAAAAUCUGUGUCAUUCUAUCCUGCUGAAGACAAAAGAUACUACCUUCUCACAUUUCAUGCCAGACACCGCGAUGUUGUCACAAACUCUUACCUUGACCAUGUUUUGGCACAAGGUAAGGACAUUGGGCUAAGGAAGAGGCUGAGAAAGCUUUACACCAAUUGCACAGGUUGUGGUGAUUAUGACAAUAAGGGUAAGUGGAGCCAUGUGAUUUUUGAGCAUCCAGCUUCCUUUGAAACACUUGCAAUGAAUCCACAAAAAAAGAAGGAGAUUGUUGAUGACCUUACUACUUUCAGCAAGGCCAAAGAGUACUAUGCUAGAAUUGGCAAGCCUUGGAAGAGGGGCUACCUCCUUUACGGCCCUCCAGGGACAGGAAAAUCAACUUUGGUUGCUGCCAUUGCUAAUUUUCUUGGGUAUGACAUAUAUGACAUUGAGCUAACUGCUGUGCAAACCAAUGCAGAACUAAGAAAGCUUCUGAUUGGAAUUGCAAGCAAAUCAGUGGUGGUGAUUGAGGAUAUAGAUUGCUCACUUGAUCUCACUGGCCAAAGGGAGACUAAUUCUGAGGGUGGCAAAGGUGAAGAUGAGAAGAAUAGAGUCACUUCUGUGAUGGAGCAAGUGGAAGGUGCAAUUGCAAGUAAAAACAAAGCUGGAAGCAGCAAGGUCACACUUUCUGGAUUGUUGAAUUUCAUUGAUGGGAUUUGGUCCGCUAGUAGCGGGGAGAGACUCAUUGUAUUUACUACUAAUUAUGUGGAGAAACUUGAUCAAGCUCUCAUUAGAAGAGGAAGAAUGGACAUGCAUAUUGAACUUUCUUAUUGUGGCUUUGAGGGGUUCAAAGUGUUGGCAAAGAAUUAUCUUAGCGUAGAGUCUCAUUACUUGUUUGACACCAUUCGCGGAUUGUUGGAAGAGACUAACAUAACCCCUGCAGAUGUUGCUGAAAACUUGAUGCCUAAGGUAGCUGAUGAAGAUGUUGAGACUUCCAUGGAGAGGUUGAUUCAAGUCCUUAGAAGAUCCAAGGAAAAUGCUGAGAAAGAAAAAGGGACUACAACAAUGGAAGAGUCGAAUGGAGUUGAUUCAUCUGAGGGGGCAACGGCAUCAACAAAAGAGUCUAAUGGAGAGGAUUCACGAGAUUCUAAUGCAGAGUCCUAA